AUGGAUACGAUCAAGCGUGAGAUCGAACGGGAACACCCCGACAUCGCGGCGGCGGGAACCGGCCACUUCCCUCACUAUCCGGAGUACAAGUCACGCUUAUUCAAAUCGUUGACUAAGUGUGAGAGAGAUUUCUAUGAAGAACUUGCGCGGGAGUGGGAUGAUAAAGGUCCCCCGCAAGACAUUAAGAACGCGAAUGCGAAGAACCACCUAGCGCACUUUUUGAAAGGUGUAAUAUUCGAGUUGUCGCGGGAUUACGGUGUCUACGGAGCAUUCAUCAAGGCCGGCACCCCCGGCAGCGAUGAAAAGCCCGAAAUCAUCGACUACUUUAAGGAUCUAAAUCUCGCCAAGGAACGCCUUUCCGACUACAUUAACUGGGACCCUGUGCUAGUUCGAUUCGAGGAGUUUACUAAGAAAUCAUACACCGCCUACCUUGCACAGACUGAGACAGCACCGCCAGCCGCAGCCAUCCCGCGCGAAGCUAUCAAACUCACGAAAAAGCUAAAGGGGAGUUUGAAGUCGGGUAUUUCACUGAAGUUUGACGACGAGAAUAAGCGGGUACUGCUACCUACCGAGCUGUAUCUGAGUAACACAGACUUUUUCAUGAAGCGUGAGGAGUCGUUCUAUGGAGAAUGUUUGCGAGCUGCGUUCCAACUAGCACUGAACAAGUCCGACAAGGUCAAGGUACCAUGGAAGGCGCUUGGCGCAAAUCCGGCGGCCUUCUUACCGCCAGAGCUCAUUCCUGAGGAUGUCAUAUUUGACAGACCCAGCCAUACAAAAGCCUCCCAUCGCGAGGCGUCCAUAGACCUGUGGUUACGAACUGGCUAUAUCUACGUGCAUACCGCCAGAGUGCCGAGACCGGCCGCGCCGGCUGCCGGGCAUCGGCCGCCGGCUGCCGAAGACGCACUCAUCAUCCCAAACAUAGUCAUCAAUCGCUAUGGCUGUUGCGGACAAGAGGUUCUAUUGACACAAGGUCUGCAAUUAUACGAGCCUGGGAACGAAGCGACCAGCAAUAACGUGGUGGAGGACGAGUUACUGGACCCAGCUGAGCUGCAACGCUGCGAGGAUCGGGAGUACUCCCACCUGGCGCCACGCUCCGUGCCUACGACAAGCGAAGCAAGGGCUCAGUACUGCUUGACUGCAUUGCAGCUUGUCAAGGAAGGACGGGAAAGAGCUGUUGCCGUGCGAUGUGCACAGGCCAUGGUGAAACUUGCCACAAAUCCGCGUGAUGAUACGUGCCGGGAACAAAUCGAGGAUCUGGAUCCCCAGCUGUUGCCACCCGAUGUUAUCUCUUGGGAUGCUGUCACCCCUCUCAUUGGCGAUGGCGAUAUAAUGGCCGUGCGUCAAUGGCUGUCGAGACGACCAUACGAGCGAGACGGCUUUUUGGGCUGGGAGCAAGGAUGGUUGUAUAUGUUGGCUAUGGUGAUGUUUCUCGUCAGCGAAUCAUCUCAGACGGUAAAUGCUCAUCAAUUGAAGAAGAACAAAGACUGGGCGAUCAUCAUGGAUACUAUUCCUGAGGACGCGGGCACCUGGGACAGUGUAUCGGGGCGAGACGCCCUCACGGACGACUUCGAACGGUUUUACGAGUCCCCAGAACCCGCAUUCGCAGACGUCCCCAUAGGCAAGGAACGUACCUUCGGAAGCUGGGAAUGGGGGAGAUGUGGUUUGCCGAGUGAGAUGCACACGGGAGAAGAUACGGAGGGCUGGGACGACCUGAAAAGCGCCUGGUCUUCAGCGUCGGCACUUUUUGAGACACCCGGUGUGCUGCACUCCCGUGAGGUGGGGCUAAUGCUGUUGUUGCAGAUGGCCUUGGCAUACUGCGAUUUCAGCAAUAUGCUGGACCUACCCGAGGAACAUCAGCCGACCACGAUGCGUAACUCAAUCCUGGAUGCAGAGCAAGGCAAAGAUGCUAUCGAGAGCGCCGUGAAUAUGUACUUGGACGCUUUAAGGGAGGAGUUCACAUUCCGCGACAUACCUCCUCGUCCAACCGCCAUACGACGGGUGUUCAACGUCCGUCCAGACCUCAGAGCGGAUCUUGUUCGUACCAUCAUGACUCUCAGGGAGGGAGACCACGCGCGAUCAUUGUUAGAGGAGGGAAUUUAUCGUGCACAUCAGCGUGAGGCCACAUUUGCCCAACGAAUACGGGAGAAUCGUGCGGCGAGGGAGAAGGUCAGGAAAGCGAGGGAAGUGGCCGGUCACCGGGGUGCCGAGCAGCCGGCGGCGCACGGCAUGCCGAAUGCUGCCGGGAGGAAGAGGAAGGACAAGGUCGUUCCUAUAGUUCCCUCCCUUCCUCUUACAGUCAAAGCGUUUCCUGCGCGUGCGGCACGGUCUCCGACUCCACCUCCAGUGUCAGCUGCACUCAGCGCCGCCCGCGGACGUAGACGAGCUCGUGAUUCUUUGGCCGGUCCAGCGAAGCCACAGCGUAGGGUGAAGGCAGCCAAGCGAAAGGCCUCAGCAAGCCGGAGCAGUCGCAAGCGGCGUCGCACAAACUCCGUUGUCCGGUUUGCCGACGAAGACGAGGACGAUCUCUACGCCGAAGAUACGUCGGAAAAGGAGACAGAUGUGGGGGAGGAGAACUUCCAAUCGGAGCUGGACGAUGUCGACUCAGAUGCGCCAUCCGCAAGGCCUGUCGUAUCCCGACCUCAGCCUAAACCUCGUCCGGUUGGCAGGAGACGCUCUCAAACGCAAGUGACGGGAUCGGAGACGAAUUGGGCGGCCAGGGCUGCCGGUCCCGGCAGCCGGCCCGUGACACCCACCCGCGAUACCAGUCCGCACACCCCGAGAACCCCUCUGACGCCCCGUCGCAUGCAAGUGUUUGUUCAAUUGACGCCACGUAGUAGCUUGAGUUCACACGGUUAG